AUGACCCCGCGCGGUCCCGUCACGACGCGCGAUCGCACCUACGCCGUCUAUUACGUCCCGGACGUCAGCGGGCACUGGCACCACGACCAGGUGGUCUACGCGCAUCCCAACGGGCUGUGCGUCGUGUGCCUCGCCGAGCGGCAUCCCAUCGUCACCGGCGAGGCGGUGCCCUCCUCCGGCGACGACGACGGCGGCGAGGGAAGGGCUGCGGCGACGGGGGACGAGACGGACGCCGCGGGUGGGACGUCGAAUGGCGCGGCGGCGGCGACCGGGGAUAAGCGUAAGCGCGAGGGCGACGGCGAGGGCGGCGACGGGCCCGGACCCGAGCCCGGCGCGCGGGGCGGCCGCCCGUCCCGGCAUCGACCUAAAGGCAAGUACUCCCCAAUCGCCUCCGUCGACUACACGUGCGGCAAGGGCGAGGGGAAGGGCAACGAGGUGAACAUCCGCGGGAAGAAGAAACGGGGCGCGAAGACGCUACAGGAGAACAGCGGUCUGUGCUGGCUGGUGGACGAGGCCGGGAUGUACUGGAUCGCCAGGGCGUGCGUCCGCGGUAAGCUCAUCGAGACGAACGAGCGCCUGGCCAAGGAACCACAGCUGUGCACCAGGUUUCCCACUGCGAGCGGCUUCCUCGCCAUCAUAUCGGCAGCCCCGGCGGAUAUGCAGAGGCUGAGGGAGACCGGGAUGAACCGGGAGGCGUACGAAGCCCUCAGAGCGAUCGAGGCGCGGUAG